AUGGGAUCCUGCCCAACCCAAGUCUCCAGCUCAUCUGUGUCAUUAAUAGUAUUGGGGUUCUAUGGGCACUGUAAUGACCCCAAUAUCCUGCACCUUAAGCUGUUAGCCAUCUUUCAUGGUUUAUCCUUGGCCUGGAACCGUGGUGUGCGUGCUGUGGAGUGCCAAUCUGACUCCCUUGAUGCUGUCAAAUUGGUCUCCUCUGUUCCUCCUUUAAGACAUUCCUAUGCAUCCCUUAUAUGGGAUAUUAAGGAUCUUCUUAGUCGCUCUUGGCAGGUGGUGGUGUAUCAUACGCUGAGGAAAGGAAAUGCUUGUGCAGACUUCUUAGCGAAGCAUGGAGCGGAGCAGGAUAUGCCUUUAGUGGUUAUAGAGCAACCCUUGGAGGGUUUGAGGUUUUUGGUUUUGGCUGAUGCCUUGAGAGUCUCCUCUGUGAGGCCUUAG